AUGGCCUCGGUGUUGGCACGCCAAUCUGUUGCCCUAGCCCUGCUCGUCGCUGCCGUUUCGGUUACAGGUGUUGAUUCCAAGUCGUUUAACAUCACCAACAGCUGCGUGUACACGGUCUGGCCGGGGAUCUCUUCUGGGCCCGGCUCGGCGGCGGCGGUGGACACCACGGGCUUUGAACUCGCGCCGGGCGAGUGGGAGAUCGUGCCGGUGCAGUCCGGGUGGUCGGGCCGCGUCUGGGGCCGUACCCUCUGCAGCAACUCCACUGAAAACACUGGCAGGUUCACCUGCGUCACUGGCGACUGCGGCUCAGGCCGCCUGGACUGCGCGGGCGGCAACGCCGUGCCGCCGGUGACGCUCGCGCAGUUCACCAUGGACGGGAGCGGGGCCAUGGAAUUCUACGACAUCAGCCUCGUCGACGGAUACAACCUGCCUAUGCUGGUGACGCCGCCGCCGCAGGACGCGGCUCCUGCAGGCGGCAACUGCACGCCGGUGCGGUGCGUGGUGGACCUGAACGGUGAGUGCCCGGACGAGCUGCGCGUCGCGUCCGCUGCCGCGGCCGCGGCCACCGGCACCGGCGUCGUGGCGUGCAAGAGCGCGUGCCAGGCGUUCGGGUCGCCCCAGUACUGCUGCACCGGCGAGUACGGGAACCUCGACACCUGCAUGCCGUCGGCCUACUCGCAGUUGUUCAAGAAGGCUUGCCCGCGGGCGUUCAGCUACGCUUACGACGGCGCCGACUCCAUCUUCACGUGCGGCGCCGGCGCCGGGGAGAGCAACACCUUGACCUACACCAUCACCUUCUGCCCCAGCACCAACAGGCAAGGUUUACAAUUUUAG